AGUAUCUUAUGUCGCUCGAUUUCAAUAUUUAAAAAAUCCUCAUAUUAAAAUUACUCUCAUUAGAUACUAUACACAUCCAGAUAGUGCAUACAAAGAAAUAAAAGUAUUAGUGAAUGAAGUAUAUGUAGAUAUUAAAGCGAGAUUAGAGAAAAGUGAUA